GCACGUUUAGGGGAGUUAGACACUACUUGGACUGUUUUUGAUAAAAUGUAGAUAAAAAAGGAACUGUUUUAAGCUAUGAGCGGGUCUAACGGUAACACGGACCCCGUGAUCUUGGCCACUGCUGGAUAUGAUCAUACGAUCAGGUUCUGGCAGGCCCACAGUGGAAUAUGUUACCGAACUGUGCAGCAUCCCGACUCUCAAGUCAAUGCAUUGGAAAUAACACCAGACAAACAACUGAUAGCUGCAGCAGGUUAUCAACAUAUACGUAUGUAUGAUCUUAACUCAAACAAUCCUAAUCCAGUCAUUAACUAUGAGGGAAUUUCCAAAAACAUUACUGGUGUUGGAUUUCAGGAGGAGGGGAAAUGGAUGUACACUGGUGGUGAAGAUAACAACGUCCGUAUCUGGGACCUUAGAUCCAGAAAUCAACAAUGCCAAAGACUUUUUCAAGUGAAUGCUCCAAUCAAUUGUGUCUGUCUACACCCAAACCAGGGAGAACUUUUUAUUGGAGAUCAGAGUGGUUCCAUCCAUAUAUGGGAUUUAAAGACUAACAAUAAUGAACAGCUGAUACCUGAACCGGAUGCCUCAAUCCACUCAAUCAGUAUUGACCCCAUGGGAACUAUGAUGGCUGCUGUAAAUAACAAGUGCAGGUGUUAUAUUUGGACACUGACAGGAGGGAGGGGCACAGAUCGCACCCAGCUCCACCCAAAGACCAAAUUCGAAGCUCACAAUCGAUACGCACUAAAGUGUUUGUUCAGCCCAGAUUCUACGUUACUAGCUACCACAUCAGCUGAUCACACAGCAAAGAUCUGGCGAACAGCGGACCGUACAUUGAUGACUGAGCUCAGGGACAACACACAGCGAUGGGUUUGGGAUUGUGCCUUUAGUGGCGACUCCCAGUACAUUAUAACAGCAUCUUCAGACAACACUGCUCGACUUUGGAGUGUAGACACCGGCGAGGUCAAGAAAGAGUACAAUGGCCAUCAAAAGGCUGUUGUUGCCAUGGCAUUCAGGGAUGAAAUUGUUGUUCAUUGAAGAAAAAAUGUACACAUGACUCAAAUUGGCUGUGGAAUAUUAUUCCAAAAAUGAAAUACACGAUAUAUGUACCACCGUACUAUGUAUGCUGCCAUUCUUCAGUGAGAAACAUUUAUUACGUGAUGAGUGUAGCAUAGAAGAAAUUUCAUUUGUCAAAACAGCCUGUUCAUGUUUUUGAUAGCAAGAUUACUGUGUUUGUGAUGUCGCACACAACACAAUUAUUCUGACAUAUUCUCAGCACACUUUGUGAAGUAGUAAGUAAAUAUAACGAUUGCAUCUUGUUUGUCCAGACAUAUAUGCACAAUUGCUAUAUAUUGUAUUGAUCAGGAAUUCCCACACAAUCUUAGGCGAAGCAGCAUUUAAUGAUGGAAGAGGAAAGUGUUAUGCACUUUUAAUAGUAAAAUUUAAUAAAUUGAAAUGCAUUUUUAAUAGUAAAAUUUAAUAAAUUGAAAUGCAUUUUUAAUAGUAAAAUUUAAUAAAUUGAAAUACAUGUAUAUAUGGUUCAAGAAAGGAGAAGUAAAUGUAUGAAAGAAAA